AUGUCGACCGGUAAACGGCUCGCGAAGCGUUCCAUCAUCGGAACUCGGGUGGCCGCUCUGGGCGACGAUGGACUGUAUUAUUCGGGGAUGAUUCAGGCUGUAAAAACGCCAGCGCCGUUUCCUGAGAACAAUAACUGCAUCAACCUGACCCCCAACACCAGAUACACUGUCCGUUUUGACGGUGUAAAGAUGACGAGGGAGUAUAGAGACGCUGAACUCAUCGGCCCUGGAUUCAGAGGUUUGACUGGUGUGCGUUUGAAGCCAAGUCAAAGGGUUUUCCUCACUUACAACGGACGGGAGGUCCGGGCAGAUGUGCUGGAACAUGAUCAUGACUCUGAUGAACUCCGAGUUCAGGUGCAUUCACCUUCAGCUGAGGUGCCAAUAGAACUCAAGAAGAGGCUGGAUGAGAUAAGACUUUUGGAGUCUCGUAAAUCUGCAAGGUUAGCUGAUGUCGACACUGAUUUUGCAAGGCUCGCCGACAUGGCAGGAGACCGCCGCCGCGCCUCUGCUACUAUUGAAGUACCCGCACAUCACAUGCAAGGGUCUCGCAAACGUGGUCCAAGUAGCUCCUACGAUUUGGGCUAUGGGGAGCGGGACGACCAGAUGAACGAGUGUAAUGCUGCUCUUGUGCUCAUGUCGCUUAGCUGCUCCCCAAAUUCACCAAGACCAAGUGCAUGGGGAGGCCGUUCAUCGGUAUCACCUGGUGCAAGCAGCAGUUCCGGUUCAUCAUGGCGCUCCGGCACACCCUCACCGCCACCAGUGUCUUCCUCCUUCAGUGACGAGGGUAUAGCCAUGGACUACGAAGACCAUCAUCCAAGGAAGAGGAGGGUAAACAGCGUCGUCUUCGAGUGCACCUGGAGGGGCUGUGGAUUCAUCACAAACACCUGUUUCUCCAUAGAAGCUCACAUUAGGCAAACACACUUGGGACCAAAGAAGGAAGGCGAAAGUGAUCAUGAAGAAGAGUUCUAUUACACGGAACGCGAGGUAUCUGCGCCGGCGCCUCCUCCGACCCUAUCCCACCGAGACAUGUGUCGGCCACCACAUGAAGAUCCUGAUUACCAGCGACAAAUCGUUGGAUCCUACAGGCAAGGGUUGCUAUCAACGAUGCAAAAUAUAUCUGCGAGGUCCAUAAGCAUUCCCGUAACGCAUUCCUGGUCAAACUCACAAUCACCGAAACACAUGAAAAUAUCAGCAACGGGCGGUUCACCGGGCAGCCCUGGGCGCAGAGCUCGCUCCGACAACAAGAAAUGCCGUAAAGUGUACGGCAUGGACCAGCGCGACCAAUGGUGUACUCAGUGCAAAUGGAAGAAGGCCUGCACCAGAUUUGGUGAUUAG